UUGACCUUCUUGAAAAUUUUAUCGUGUAUUCUUUCAGACUCUGUUACUGGUGAGGUUGUUCAUACUGGCUUUGUUUGUGUCAUGUUGCCCUUGCAGCUGUAUAAAACCAUAUGUUUUAGUUGGAAAGGCGUUUUAGUGCCUCCUGCGUCAGGUUGCACGUCAUUCUAAGCGGAAACGUUUGAGGUAAAACAAACCAUAUCACAUACUGCAACGUGACUGUCGUUUUUUGCCGGCAUUUUUAGGGCAAAAAAAGCGAACGAAGAAAUGGAAAAACGCACCGGAUUUGAAAACUGCGAUUCCCAGUCGCAAAACGACAGUUGUAAAACUUUGACCAUCUCAUACAUACAAGGAGACAUUAGUAGCAGCACACAGAGCACAAAAAGUGAAGACUCAUCUUUACUAAAAGGCAGUACAAUGUCUGAUUCCACCAGCGACGACAGUUUUGGGGGAAGAAAUCGAAAAAGGUUGCACGAAUUUAAACAAGGCGCUCAAGUGGCCGGAAGACAGGUACAAUCGGGGUGCAAUUCUUAUUGGAAAAAUGCAUGUACUGUUGAAACCGUGAAAGACAAGUUGCCUAUCUCGAAGUGGCUGCCGAGUUACCGACUGAAGACAUUCAAAUGUGAUCUCAUUGCCGGCUUAACUGUGGGGCUCACUGUCAUUCCGCAAGGAAUGGCUUACGCCGCUCUUGCUGGACUUGAACUUCAGUACGGCCUCUACAGCGCUUUUAUGGGAAGCUUUAUCUACUGCUUAUUGGGAACUUCGAAAGACAUCACUAUGGGACCGACUGCCAUCAUGUCCAUCUUAGUAGCUGAGUAUGCGCACGACCCGUGGAAGGUACAUGAGCAGGGGAGCGAAGAAACGACCAAUGUUACGAUGGCGAUUUUACUGACGUUCAUGUGUGGAAUCAUUCAGUUCGGAAUGAGCGUUUUUCGCCUUGGUUUUCUGGUGCGGUACAUAUCUCAUCCGGUUAUAACUGGUUUCAUGUCGGCCGCUUCUAUCGUCAUAUCGACCACCCAGCUGAAGAAAAUUUUUGGCAUUAGCACGCCUAGAGGUUUUUUUGAGACGAUCAUCGGCAUAUUGACGCAUAUGAACCAGACAAAGAUAUGGGAUUUUGUUAUGGGGGUUUCAGCCAUGUUGCUUCUCUUUUUGCUGAAGUGGAUGAAGGAGAAAUGGGCUCGGGUCAAAGUCCAAGAAGACCGAGUUGUGAUCAAAGUACUCCGAACACUGAUGUGGUUCAUAGGCACAGGACGUAACGCGGUAGUUGUUGUUCUCUCGGCGACAAUUGCGUACCUCAUAACGGAUAUCCAAAUGCCUGUUGAUACUCGACCGUUGACUUUAACUCGCAACAUCAGUGGAGGACUUCCGCCGUUCGCGCUACCCAGUUUCACACACAUGCCCCCAGGUACAAAUCAGACGAUUGGCUUCUCAGAGAUGAUGCAGCAACUCGGGAGCGGCUUGGCUGUUAUACCACUUAUGGCCUUUCUUGAGUCAAUUGCAAUUGCAAAAGCAUUCGGAAGGAAAAAUCAUUACAAGGUAGACGCCUCACAAGAAUUGCUGACUAUCGGGGUGGCAAAUUUCUUUUCUUCAUUCGUCAGUUCAUUUCCAAUAACAGGCAGCUUCGGCAGGUCAGCAGUAAACGCGCAGAGCAACGUAAUGACCCCACUGGGCGGAAUUUUCACUGGAGCGGUUGUUCUGCUUGCUCUGCAGUUUCUGUCGGACGCGUUCCAGUACAUUCCUGCACCCGCACUUGCUGCGGUGAUCAUCAUGGCAGUGAUUAACCUCUUUGAUUUCCGCGGUAUGAGGACAGUGUGGAAGAUAAACAAAAUCGAUACUAUACCGAUGGUUGUCACCUUUUUACUUUGCUUCUACGACAUAGCGUAUGGAAUUAUGGCCGGCAUCGGAAUCUCGAUUCUAAUUCUACUUGCAAAACACGCCAUGCCCGGGGUAAAAAUCCUCGAAGAUGAUUGCAAUGUGACAGUGAUGCAAGUGAAACAAGGUCUAGACUUCCCUGGCGCAGAGUACAUGGAAGAAACUUUGCAAGAGCAUGCGGAAAAUGGAAACUGCAAGACUCUGAUUGUUGACUGCACGAGCACCACGACUCUUGAUUACAGUGCGGUAGAAGCAUUCAAGCACGGUUCAAAAUCGCUCAAAGACGCAAAUAUAGUGUUAAAGAUUUGUGGACUCAAGGACAGGCAUCAAAACAUGCUUAAGAAAAUGGAUAUCUUGAAAGACGGCGUCAAAUUCUAUGAUGACGUCACCGAUGCAAAAAACGACGUGCAAUUUAGAGCAGAAGAAGUUUAGGGCGUCGCAUAGCGAAUGGUGUAUACGGGAUAAUAUGACCGCUGUAUGGAGCUUUGGUACAGUUUGUGAAUAAUUUGACGUGUUAGCAACUCGUCAAACAGGCAGUCACUAACGAUGCAGUAUUAACCUCCCUAUCAUAUUUCUUCAACGAAAAGGAAACACUAUUACCGCUUUUAUAAAGUGCAAUUUAACUACCGUCGCCUUUUUAACUACUGGUGCAAAGAAGCCCCAUUUCUUCACGUAUUUUAAUUCGUUUCGUUUACGCUUUCCUCUAUAAUUGGAAGGUGUGACGCACGCACUUAACGCUAUAACCCAUCACGCGAUGCUUUUUGUUAUGCUCCUAUUACCCUUCGCUUUUAAUACACAAACAAUUCGAUCUA